AUGAAAAUUAAAGACAGAUAUGGGGAAGAUGGAAAUUUGAGUGAUAUGAACACUUUCAGUAUUUCAGACAAGAUUGGGUUUGCUUCAGCUGCUACUACAACCUUUCAGAUAAGUGAGCCUCGGAGCCAAAGAAAGCCAUCUACAUGCUGUGCCCGGGCAGUCCUCGUCAUUUACCUGCUGCUGCUGACGGCUGGCCAGGGGCUGCUGGCAUACAAAGUUUUUAAGAUGCAGAGAGAGAUACUGAAAUUUCAAGAACAAAAUACCUCCUAUACAGAAGAGAUUCUGGAAAGCUCCUUUGCCAGCAAACUGCUUUUGGAGAGAAUCUCUAGAGAGAAGCUCAUGGGACUUGAAGCAGAAAACUGGAGGAGAAGCAUGGAAGAGGAAAUCACUAUAAUUAAAAGCAGCAAUGCAAACCUGAUGAUGAUGUUGAAUAACAUCACCCUGGUUGCAGGGCCUCCUGGACGCCAAGGAUAUCCUGGUCCACCAGGUUUCUCAGGGUUACAGGGACCACCAGGAAUAAAGGGAGAACGAGGAUUCCAAGGCUUACAUGGACUGAAGGGUGAGAAGGGGAGCCAAGGAGAUCCUGGCACUCCUGGCCCGCGUGGUGCACCAGGAGUGGGAGGAGAAAAAGGAGAGAUGGGUCUUCCAGGUCCCCAAGGUCAGAAAGGUGAAACGGGUCAGAAAGGGGACCCUGGACCCCGUGGACCAAUGGGUCCUCAGGGACAGCAGGGAGUGCCAGGACUGCCAGGUUUCAAUGGCAGCACGGGGGAGCCUGGACGUCCUGGGCAGAAAGGAGAGGCAGGUGUAACCGGACCACAUGGACCUCAGGGAAUUCCUGGCAUCGAAGGCAGACCUGGUCAGAAAGGGGAGAAGGGGGACCUGGGGCCCAGUGGUAGUCCAGGAACACCAGGCAUUGCAGGACUCAAAGGUGAAAAGGGAGACAAAGGAGAAUCAGGUCUUCCAGGGCAAAAGGGAUACCAGGGCCCACCAGGAAGCCCAGGCCUAACUGGUCAAAAAGGAAUCAAGGGUGAUUCUGGCAGUCAGGGUCCAAAAGGAGAACCAGGAGUAAAAGGAGCCAAGGGAGACCGUGGAUUGCCUGGUUCACCAGGAACGAAAGGGAGCAAAGGUGAAAAAGGAGAAGGCAGCUGGAGUACUUUUGUACGAAUCGCGGGAGGGGGCAGGAGAGGCCGUGUGGAAAUCUUUCACGAAGGGUCGUGGGGAACAAUAUGUGACGAUGGCUGGAGCACUCAAGAUGCCACUGUGGUCUGCCGAAUGCUGGGAUACACCCGCGCAAUCUCUACCUUCACAGCCACAGCAGGCUCUGGACAAAUUUGGCUUGAUGACGUGAAUUGCAGUGGGAAUGAACGUUCAAUUUUCGACUGUCAAAAGCCAAAUUGGGGUGUGAACAACUGCUCGCACAACGAGGACGCUGGGCUGGAGUGCAUUUGA